GGGCUGGGCAGGACUGCAGUGCCCCUCAUCCAUAGACCCUGCCCUUUCCCUUUGCCCUGCAGAGGAUGCUCUGCCUCCUGCAUCUCUCCAGCCUUUGCAUCUCCAAAGGGAGGGUUUGCACUGCCACUCGCUCUCCAAGGGCUUCCCUUUUGCAAGGCAGCAUUUGGCAAUCUUUUUUUUGAUUCUGCCUCCAAGGCUGGGCAUCCGGAGGCCAAGAGACGCCUCCUGCUGCCUCUCUUGCUGCAUUGAGACCAAAAAGGCUGCGUUGCACAGACUCAAGGGACCCAAGGCUUUUUGUUAGCGGGGGUCUUCUUCUCAAGGCCUUCUGGAGGGUAUGGAGGGUUCACAGAACUGCUGCCUCCAUUCCAGCGAGUUAUCCAGCCUGAAGAAAUGUGGCUCUAUAAAAACCCCUACAUUGAGUCUGACCAUGUGCCUGCCAAGCCCAUGUUUUUCAUUUCCUUUAUGUCUCCCCUGGUCUUGAUUCUUCUGGCAAAAUUCUUCAUGAAUGCAGACCAGGAAGAUACACGAGAAGCAUGCCUAGGUGCCAGUCUGGCUCUUGCCCUGAAUGGUGUUUUCACCAAUGCUGUGAAGCUGGUUGUGGGCAGGCCACGGCCAGAUUUUUUCUACCGCUGUUUUCCAGACGGCCGGGAAACCCUUCAGCUGCUGUGCACAGGUGAUGCGCAAGUGGUGACUGAAGGGCGCAAGAGUUUCCCCAGUGGACAUUCCUCAUUUGCCUUUGCGGGUCUUGCCUUUGGAUCCUUCUACAUAGCUGGAAAACUACACUGCUUUGCACCUGGUGGGCGGGGGCAAUCCUGGCGCCUCUGUGCCUUCCUAGCACCCCUCUUUGUUGCAAUGCUCAUCGCUUUGUCCCGCACCUGCGAUUACAAGCACCACUGGCAAGAUGUGCUGGUUGGCUCUGUCAUGGGCUUUACAUUUGCUUACCUGUGCUACAGGCAGCAUUACCCUCCACUGACUGAUCCCGAGUGCCAUCAACCACUACAACGCAAAUCCAGACUCUCUGGCGCCGAAAGGCAAAAGCUGACACUCUCUGGCUUCAGCCUAGAUGUAUAAAGUCCUUUAGGAUUUUAGAAUUCCCUCUCCUGCAUGCCCUCGGACCCAGAAGAAAAGAGAGGGCACAGCUGUCCAUGUUGCCCUGUGACUGGAAGGAAGAAGCAGCAGUAGUCCCUUCCUUGGGGCUCGUUCAGCAAGGAAGAGAGGAUUGUAUUUUUCUUGCAUGGCAAACAAAGGAGGUCACCCACCUGCUUGUCCCUGGCAACAAGAUCUUCGAACCUGGGGCUGAUCUUUUGCAGCCAUCACACGUCAACAUGUCAGUGUCAAAAUGAUUCCUGGAGGAUCACACUGGACUAAAAGAUAAACUAACCUGAUCCCUUGUCACAAAGUCGGUCUGUCAGUGGAUGCAUUGCCUCGCCACAGAUUGACAUAAUGUAAUCCCAAAGAAGGUGUUACCAACCAGCACUCAAGAAAAAUGGUGUGUCCAAGGCAAUAGCACCAGAUGAGUUAAACAAGCCUAGCUGUACCCAGAAGGUAAGGGAAGACAAUGUUCAGCAUAGGGCUACUGUGGUCCUCCCAAAUAUUUUUAAACUGCAGGCCCUGUUGGCUGUGCUGCCUAGGGCUGAUAGGAAUUGCAAUCUCACAGCAUUUGGAAGGCCACCCUAUCCCAUCCCAGUUCAAAAAUGUAGCCAGCUAUCUCCUGGCUUCUGCCUACUCAAAUCUUACAUGUACAGGCCAGCUAUUGAUGUUAAGAAGACUCCACACUAGAGCCCUGUAGCAGUUUCAGAGCUUAUUGUUGUGUUUGUGCACACAACAACAAAGCCAUGCUCCCAUCCCUUUUUAUCUCACUCCAUCUUACAAAACUGUCCAGAAAACAUCAUGUCAGGUUCUCUCCCACUACCUCUGGCUUUUGUAACAUCUUGCCUAAUGAAGAGAUCAGGACAAGCUGCACACAUAUGAGUGCCCUCUACAGAAGGCAAUGCAAAAAUAGAAUUUGCCCUGCAGCUUUAUAAUGUCAGGAAUGCAAAGGUCCAGCCUCCAAAUCUGCAUUUCUCCUUAUUGCCAUUAAAACCGCAUGGAGUUUCACAAAAAGCUGCCUAAGACAGUGAAGUGCAGAUUGCUUCCCCUUGCAUUUUAUCCCAAUGUCUUUUUUGCUGCUGACUCGGAUACCAGCAGAUCUCCUUGGUCCUCUGACGCAGUCAGAAACCUGUCAUUUGAAGUAAAAAUCAUAUAAAAGGAGUGGGUGCAUCUUUGAUGCAAGGCACAGCCGCUUGCAAUGAUGCGAAGAAUUACUGUUUUUUGAUCAGGAUUAGUAAUGCUUGUGGCAUGAGAAGAGGGUUGUGAGUCACAGAUUUCAUUCAAUAAUCUGGAUGUUUUAAGUUUUCCCACAUGACUAAUUGCAGUUUUCAAUGAAACCAGCCAUCCCAAGGUCUCCAGAAUAGGAAGGACAGUUAUGAUGCUCACAUGGAGAAGGAAUGUAUAGUAUGAACUCCAAUUAUCCUUCUCUAUUGGGUUUUAUUUCUAGAGCCAAUGAUAGUUGUAGUGUGACAACACAUGAAGAGCUACAUUUUCACAUCCUAUUUGGUUGUUAAUCUGCCUAGCAAUCACAAAUGGACUGAUGUUAGGCAUAGAGCUACUGCUUCGCAAUUUCUCCCCGUUCCUGGUAUCAGAACACUUUCAGGUAGAUUAUUUUGCACUGGCCUUUAAGCCUGAGCUGACCAGAACCAUCAUAGAGGGAACAAUUAUUGCUGUGAAAAGAAUUAGAACUUCAUUUUUCCUUUUUAUUAUUUUGUACAUUUUUAGGGACCAAGUUUCUAGAAAAAUGUUUUGUUUUCUGGUUCUGUUUUGAAGUAUUCAAUAAAAAUGCUGUACUCAAGAAGAAAA